AUGUUCGCCAUGUUUUUUAUGACUGUCUUUCUUCUAAUUGUCGCGAAGAGAACAUCAUCUACAAUAACAGAUCCGAUACCAUUCGGGUCUGAACGAUUAAAUGAUUUUUUCUUUGUCCAAAAUGGUACCAUAUUUCAUCAAUUUAAUCAUGGCGCAUACGGUGGUACACCAAAAGUUGUUGUUGAGUCCCAAUAUAAAUAUGUUGAACAAAUGGAAUCAUCGAUCGUAAGUGAAAUCAAAUAUUUUUAUCAUAAUCAAAAUUUUUAUUGUUCAUUUUCAUUUUUAAAUAUACAGAGUAAAUGGAUGAAUGGUGCAACAGGAUAUCGUCAAUGUAUAACAUUAGCAAAACAACGCUUAGCAGAAAUGAUGCAUAUUAAAAAUGCAUCCGAUACUGUAUUAGUCGACAAUGCUAGUGAAGGAAUCAAUGAUAUAAUAAGAAAUUUAGAUCCACCAUUAGGAUCAUCAGAUUAUAUUUUAGAUUUAUCUAUUGCUUAUGGUCCAUUUAAAGGUUUAUAUCAAUGGUUAGGUUCACGUUAUGGUGUUAAAGUAUUAGAAGUACCAAUUCAAUGGCCAGUUACUGGUACAGAAUCCUUCAUUAAUCCAAUAACUGCUGCAUUAGAAGCUAAUGCUUCUACAAUAAAUAUUCGUGUUGCUAUAUUUAGUCAUGUUUCUGCAUAUCCAUCAGUAAUAUUACCUGUAAAGGAAUUAGUAGAAUUAUUUCAUCAAUAUAAUAUUCCAGUAAUUGUUGAUGGAGCACAUGCACUUGGAAAUAUUGAAAUUAAUAUUGAAGAUAUGUCAGAUGUUGAUUAUUAUUUUACAAAUACACAUAAAUGGUUAUAUUCAAGUAAAAGUAGUGCUAUACUUUAUGUUCGACAUGAUCAUCAACAUUUAUAUGUUCCUGCACCAGCUGUUGUCGAUUCAGCAAUGAUUGAAGAUUUCGAAUCAAGAUUUAUAUGGACAGGUACACGUGAUCGUACAUCGUAUUGUGCAAUUUUAUCAGCAUUAGAUUAUCGACAAUCAUUAGGUGGUGAAGAACGUAUUAUGAAUUAUAAUCAUGAUUUAGCACAAUAUGGUGGUCAAUAUUUAUCACGUCUAUGGGAAACAAAAAUAUUAUCACCAGAGAAUAUGCAAACUUCUAUGACAAAUGUACAAGUACCAACAAAUAAUUUGACACUAUGUCAAAUUAUUGUUGGUCAAUUGUAUAAUACAUACAAUACAAUGGUUAGUGGAGCUAUUAAUGUUAUUCCUGAACUUGGUAAUAUUCCAUGUUAUUUACGAUUAUCAGCACAGAUUUAUCAAGAAAAAAAUGAUUGGCAUGUAUUGGGUGCAUUAGUAUUAAAAUUAUUAAAAGAAUUCAAUGGUUAUGUCCCUGAAAAGAACUUAUUGAAAUUGUAA